AUGCAGCGCUUCCCGGGCCAGACGGCCACUGACGCGCUGGCCCCGGGUCAUCAGUAUGCGAUGGACCAGUCGGAGGAGGACGAUGCCACAGGCGGUGACGGUGGUGGAGCAGGCGGCUCCUUAGGAGGUGGCCUCGGGGAUUGGCCGGAUGAUGAUGAGGAGGACAACGAACCGCGCCGCACCAAUGGUGCCGACAGGGCGGGCGCCAGCUCUUCAGCCGCGCCGACUGCUGCAGCCGGCACGUCGAAGCGCCGGGCCGAGACCGGGUUGUGCGGCAGCGGGCCGAAGAAGCCCAGGAACUCGGCCGCCACGACCAAGCGGCAGGAGGCCGCCGCGAAGGCGUCCCAAGCCCCGCUUUCUCUCUCGCGGGCCCUGUCUGGCUCGGUGAUUGGGGCAGCAGGCGGCUCCGCGGAACCCCGCCACGUGGACCCAUUCGCCGACCUCCAGGAGGCUACGGAGAGGAAUGCGCAGGAGGCGCGCGAGGAGCAGGAGAAGGUGGAGCGGGAGAAGGCGGAGGCGGCCAAGGCGGCACAAGCAGAGGCUGAUGCCGUGGCCAAGACCCAAGCCGACAUGCAACAUGCGGAGCCUGUCGGACUCAAGAGCCCGUCGUCCCGCAACAUGCGGAGCAACCGGCGCCGGAGGGCCAGGCGCCGACUGGAGGGGUUGGAGGUCGAGGAGCUGGCCAAGCAGACCACCGACUUGAACCAGAGCCGCAAGGCCACCGCAGAUCUGCGGAAGAGCCUGGGCGCAGCCGAAACUGCGCUGCGUGCCAAGGAGGUGGAGCGUAGCCAGGCAGCCAAGGAGUGCGACCGCCUGGCCAAGGAGCUGGCGGACCAGGCGGAGCGGCACAAGGCGGAGCUCCAGAAGCUGAAGGCCAGCGAGGCCAACCUUUAG